AUGAGUGCAAAUAUGUUGUUCUUUUUCAUUUUCGGAUUUAUAUUUGGUGUAGCAACUGCUGAUUAUUGCCCACCUUACUAUACGGCGGUACCCGACCAAGGGAUUUGUGUUGUUGUUGAUAUUCCCACCGUAAAUGAUGGUUCCUUUGAUUCGGCUUCUCACCAAUGUGCCAUGAAUGGAGCUUUUCUGCCGAAUAUCUCAAACGUCUUCGUCAACAAUGUUUUUGCCUCAUUUGCCAACAAAUUGGGUCAAACAUCGGACUUUUUCAUCGGUGUCGUCAAGAAUGAUGCGGGUGUUUGGACGUAUUCGGAUGGGAGUACGCUGAUCUAUUCUCGAUGGGCAGUAGGAGAGCCAAACAAUCAAUACUCGUGCGCGAUCAUGAACAACUCAACGUAUUGGUACGCGAGGGAUUGUCACCAAUCGACGAGCUAUGCCUGCAUGACGUAUCUUCAAUCGAAUCCGCCGAAUUGUCCGUCGAAUUGGGUGCCUUUCGGAGAUUCGUGCUACUAUUUAAAGCCAAUUCAAUUGAACGAUGAUGGAAAUUGGAUUCUCUACAAUUUCACGGACGCUCAAGAGAACUGUGUCGAAAUGGGCUCACAAUUGGCAUCGAUUCACUCGAAAGCCGAAAGUGAUUUCGUGUACGAUUUGGUCUACGCUCAAUUCGUUAACGAGACAGAUCCCGGCUACAAUAGGCCGUGCGAUUGGGGAUGGACGUGGAUUGGACUUGCCCAUUCACCGUCGCCAAACACGACUUAUUGGCUUGAUGGGACUUCGUUGGAUUACUGUGACUUUGGCACGGGUGAUUGCGUGAUUGCUGAGAUGUACAAUUGUGGAUUUGAGAUUCACAACGAUGCCACUUGUUACCCGGAAAAGCCGAAAACGUGGGGAUGGUGGUUGGCCGGAUUUCACUAUUCGAGAUAUCUCUGCAAAAAGUCGAUGAAAUUGAUU